UUUUUGCCAAGAGCACUUACUUGCCAAUCACUUGCACCCCAAAAGGCUUUCUUGCUGCCAAUCCAUGGCAAAAUGCGGGCUGCUUCUCCUGUUCUUGGCGUUCCUCUUGCCGGUGGCACGUGCAACGUCGUGCCACCCCGACGAUCUCCGUGCUCUACGGGGCUUCGCCGGGAAUCUCAGCGGCGGGGCUGUCCUCCUCCGUGCUGCGUGGUCCGGUGCCUCGUGCUGCGGCUGGGAAGGUGUGGGCUGUGACGGUCCUAGCGGCCGUGUCACGUCCCUGCGGCUCCCUGGGCACGACCUUGGGGGAGCCAUCCCAGGAGCAUCUUUGGCAGGCCUCGCAUGGUUGGAGGAGCUCAACCUUGCCAACAACAGACUGGUUGGCACCAUCCCGUCAUGGAUUGGCGAGCUUGACCACCUUUACUACUUGGAUCUUUCAGAUAAUUCAUUGGUUGGCGAGGUACCCAAGAGUUUGAUACGGCUCAAGGGCCUCGCCAUCGCUGGUCGUUCAUCAGGUAUGAUUUUUACUAACAUGCCAUUGUAUGUGAAGCCUAACAGAAGAAUGCUCGACGAACAACCAAAUACAAUAUCUGGGAGCAACAACACUGUCAGAUCUGGGAGCACCAAUGUUGUUUCUGGGAACGACAACACUGUCAUAUCCGGGAACAACAACAAUGUGGCUGGGAGCAACAACACUAUCGUAACCGGGAGCGACAAUACCGUAACUGGUAGCAACCAUGUCGUAUCUGGGGACAAACAUAUCGUAACUGACAACAACAAUGCCGUAUCCGGGAAUGACAAUAAUGUAUCUGGGAGUUUCCAUACCGUAUCCGGAAGCCACAAUACUGUAUCUGGGACCAACAACACUGUAUCUGGGAGCAACCAUGUCGUAUCUGGGAGCAACAAAGUCGUAGGAGAUGCAUGAUUUGUAAGUGGAGUGUCCAUCUUCCGUGACGGAGCUCACCUUGUUGUCCGAGUUCGGUGUAGCUCACAAUCACUUGGUGGGGCCAAUCGUGUUAUGUAACCUCAUAAAUAUAUAUAGCAACAUAUUCCUGCUUAAAUAAUAUUUCCCUAAAAAUAUCUUAUAUACAUGCUGACCUGAAUAUCAACGGGUGCUUGCAGCUGAUGUAAACCAAGCAUGGUCUCUUAUGAACAAGUUUGCAUCGUCGA